AUGGAAGAGCAUCCGACUAACGCCGCCGCCGGCCUAGGCGCCCUGCUUCCGCCACCGAGCUCAUCGCAAGCACCCGUGCACCCCGUGGCCUCCCAUUCUGCCAGGCAAGAUCGCAUCAAGGAACAUGAGCUGGCUUUCUUACACAUCAUCUACAAUACUUUCCAAGAACAGCGAGCAAAGGCGCUGGUCUCUUCAGAGGCGCAUAUUGAACCCAUCCUUCAAGGCAUUCUGCAGGAGGUUCUACAAUGCCUUCAAGAGGACCUUCUCGAUCAGAUGAUUCUCGGCUUGCUUCGCUACUGCGAGGCGGAUAUUCUUGUCCCGAAACUCAGACUUCUUGGAGCCACCGACCGGGCCCGCAUGGAGCUUCUCGAUGCGUACUCUUGCAAAGUUUGGUUGCUACUUCUUAUGUUUGUCACUGUCUACAAAAACAAGAAGUUGACGCAAGAGUGCCUUCGGUUGCAAGAGCAGUUUCUUGGACCCAGCCUUGCGUCGAUCAGGCAAACAGGAGUACUCAAUCUUCCACCUACCAUCACCAAGCGGCAGCAGAAGAGACUACCGAAGAUGACAUCACGAGAAGCUGACCAGCGUCGUCGUCGCAGCCAGGAACGACAGGCUCGAUGGAGCACGACGAGCGGAGUAUUUAUGCAUCCUGGGUUUGGUAUGCAUGGCGUAGUGCCCUCGGAGCUGGCACCAUCGUACUUGGCUUCUGGAAAGCCAGCUGGUUCUUUGCAUGCCCCUGCUGACCCCAGCUUAGCAGUCAGGACCCGCACCGCAUCGGAGAGAGAGGAACAAGACAGCCAAAGGGAACAAUGUGGGCGAAAGCGGUUCAAGUCUGAGCUGUAG